AUGUCCAAAAUUCUUGAGGCUCAGGAACAUUGUAAAGCAGCAGAAAAAUAUUUAAAGACUGGUUUGCUGAAGUGGAAGCCAGACUAUGAUUCAGCUGCUGAUGAAUUCAGUCAAGCAGCUCAAUGUUACCGCAUAUCCCGUGAUGUAAAGAACUCCAAGGAUUGUCACAUGAAGUCCGCAGAGCUAUAUGAGAAGAAUCGUUCAUUCUUUCAUGCUGCUAAGGCUAUUGAGAAUGCAGUUAUUGUCAGCAAGGAGUUGUCUUCACCUGAGGAAUUGUACAACAUGGCAUGCAAUUCAAGCAGCUUGUACCAGCAACAUGGUUCAGGAGAUGCUGGCGCAAAUGUCCUAGACAAAGUCGCCAAGAUUAUUGAAGAGAAGGCUCCCGAUCUUGCUGUCAAGUUAUUCCAGCAGGCAGCUGAUGUGUCUUCUGUCGAAAGCUCUCAACAUCAAGGUACAGAAUACAUAAGCAAGGCGUCCCGACUUCUUGUUAAACUGGAGAGAUAUGAUGAAGCAUUGGAUAGCCUUAGACGUGAGAUUGGCUUCCAUCUUGAAUCAGGUUAUACUGGGGCAGUGGGACGACUUACAGUUGCCAUUGUCCUCGUGCAACUGGCUAGAGGCGAUGCUGUGGCAGCUGAAAAGGCUUAUAAGGAAUGGGGUAACAAUUGCGAAGUGCCCGAAAUGCAAACCUUGGAAAUGCUCUUACAAGCAUAUGAUGAAGAGGAUCGUGAUGCUGCAAAAAGAGCGCUUGCGUCGCCAUUUAUACGUAGCAUGGACGUUGAGUAUGCGAGAUUGGCGGGAACUAUACCUCUGCCUGAAGGGAUUGAACCUGUUCCAAAAGCAGCUGUAAGAGAAAAUGCGGCGCCGUCCUAUGUCAGCGUAAAUAUUGGCGAAGGUGAAGAAGCGAACAUGUCACGAGCAGAGGUAGAAGAAAUCGAUUUCGCUGAUAAUAGAAAGACCGAAGAAGAAGACGAUUUGUGUUGA